AUGACGGUGCAGGCGCUGCCCCGCGCGGCCCCGUUCGCGCCCCUGGGCCUGGGCCUGGGCCUGGGCCCGGCCGCCGCCGCGCUGGGCUGCGCCUUCGAGGACGACGCGCCGCCGGCGGGGCCCGAGGGCGGCGGCGAGGUGCGCGAGGCCACCCGCGAGCUGCUCAGCUUCAUGGACUCGGCGUCCAGCAACAUCAAGCUGGCGCUGGACAAGCCGGGCAAGUCCAAGCGCAAGGUGAACCACCGCAAGUACCUGCAGAAGCAGAUCAAGCGCUGCGGCGGCCUCGUGGGCGCCGCGGCCCCGGGUCCGCCCGCGCCCGCGCCCGCGCCCGCGCCCGCGCCGGCCGCCGACCCGGCCGUCGUCAAGCGUCCGCCGCUGGCCCUCGGGGCCGGGUCCGGGUCCGGGUCCGGGGCGGCGGGCCGGGCCGGGCCGCGGCGGGACGCGGCGCAGGCGGCGGCCAGCAGCCUGCAGAGCCGCAGCCUGGCCGCGCUCUUCGCGUCGCUGCGGCCCGGGCGCGCGGAGCCGGCGGGCGGCGGCGCGUGCGGGGCGGGCGGCGCGCCGGGCGCGGGGAAGGUGCCGCUGCGCGCCCGCAACCUGCCGCCGUCCUUCUUCACCGAGCCCUCGCCCGGCCCGGGGCCCGGCGCGCCCGCGGGGGACCUGCUGGAGCUGCUGGGCGCCGACUUCGCCGCGGCCGGCCCCGACGCGGCCGUCCUGCUGGAGCCGCUCGACGCCUUCGCGCCCGCGCCCGGCCUCUUCGCGCCCGCGCCCGCGCCCGCCGCGAGCCUGGCCUACCCCGCGCCCGCCGAGGAGGACGCCGCCGCCUUCGCCGCCGCCUGCUUCCCGGACUGCGCCCUGCCCGCGCCGCCCCCCGCCUACGAGUGCGGCGCCUACGGGGGGCUCUGGAGGCCCGAGCCCGCCUGGGACGGGGCCCCCGCGGCCGCGCGCCGGGACUGA